UUCUUCUGGAAAUUUUGCCAAAGGGUCACCAAGAAGAAUAAUGAACAUCCAAAAUCAAGAUAUUUCACAUGACAUGCAAAGAAAACGUAAAGCCAGAAAUAAUGAAACAGCUGAACAAAGAGAGACACGACUGGCUCAUAAUCAUAAAAGGAAACGCAAAAAAAGAGUAGCAGAAACUACUGAAGAAUGA